AUGGCCGCAAACAGUGCUAAAAGCGAUUCUGCCGUCAUCCCCCUCAUCAUCAAUAACGAGUCGGUCGUGACGGAGAAUGUUUUCGAUAUCCAUGCACCCGCUACCGGUGAAGUGCUGCAUCAAUGCGCCGGCGCCUCAGUCGACGAUGCCAACCGUGCCGUAGCAGCCGCGAAGGCUGCUUUCCCUGAGUGGAGCAGGAUGAAGCCGUACGACCGUCGAGACGUCCUUAUGAAAGCCGCCGAUAUCAUGAUCGUUAGAAGUGAAGAGUUGAUUAAAUAUCAGAUGGAGGAGACGGGAGCCGGGAGGAUGUUCGCGGAGAAGACGUGUCGGUUGGGAGCUGGAUUUCUCAAGGACUUUGCCGCUAGAAUUCCGUCGAUUGAGGGCUCGGUACCCUCGGUCACUCAGGACGGUGAGUGCGCAAUGGUAUUCAAGGAGCCCUAUGGGGUGAUCCUGGGAAUUGCACCCUGGAACGCUCCGUUCAUUCUUGGAGUUCGUGCCGUUGCACUUCCUCUAGCUGCCGGUAACACCACCAUCCUCAAAGGCUCAGAGCUGUCUCCCAAAUGUUUCUGGGCAAUUGGCGAUAUUUUCCGGGAAGCUGGUCUUCCCGCCGGAUGCUUGAAUGUUCUGUACCACAGAAGUGCUGAUGCGGCUGAGGUGACCACUGCUCUAAUUGCUCAUCCCGCCGUGCGCAAGGUGAACUUCACCGGAAGCACUCAAGUUGGUUCCAUCGUCGCUUCGACGGCUGGAAAGUAUACCAAGCCGGUUCUCCUUGAGUUGGGAGGCAAGGCGUCGGCUAUUGUUUUGGACGACGCAAACCUGGAGAAGGCUGCAUUCAGCUGCGCUCUUGGAUCUUUCAUGCAUUCCGGUCAGAUCUGCAUGUCCACGGAGCGCAUCGUCGUACAGCGCGCAAUCGCAGACAAAUUCCGUCAGCUGCUAGCUGAGAAUGCUGAGAAGCUCUUCGGUAAAGCUGCGCCAGCACCGGUGCUAGUAGCCUCGGCAGCUGUCAAGAAGAACAAGGCGCUCGUUGCUGAUGCGCUCUCCAAGGGCGCCAGCGUCCUUUUCGGCGAUGCGAACGGCACGGAGACAUCUGAUCACAGCCUACGGCCUGUGAUUGUGGACAACGUCACCAAGAAUAUGGACCUCUACUCCACAGAGUCAUUCGGUCCGACAGUAUCUCUGAUCGUAGUGGAUACCGAGGAAGACGCUAUCGCGCUGGCCAACGAUACAGAAUAUGGCCUUACAUCGGCAGUCUUCACUGACAACUUGUUCCGAGGUCUUAGGGUGGCGAAGCAAAUCGAGGCUGGUGCCGUCCAUAUCAACUCCCUGACUGUCCAUGACGAGCCCACCUUACCACAUGGUGGAUGGAAGAGCAGUGGAUUUGGUCGCUUCGGAGGCGGCACUGCGGCCUAUGACGAGUGGUUGCAGACCAAGACAGUAACCUGGGUGCAAUGA